UUAGCCCGUAGCAGAGGCAGUCCAAUUAGUUAGAGAAUCUGGUUAUCUAAUUUAGAACAGAUUGGAACCUUUAAUUCUGAACGGCCGGCCUAUGAUGCCAUCCCCAGCUGGAGCUAGGGCCUUGAGUCAAUACGAGUAUUUCUCAUCUCAUAGGUCCAAUGGUCUGGUACAUUAAGAGAGGCAACGCAUGGGCGAUCAGCGCCGGAAUCAGCGCAGCUCUCUCCGCCGUUUCAGCGAAGCUCUUUCUAUCCCAGGUUCUUCAAUACGGCAUGGUUGUAAUUUUCAACUUGAUAAUGUGGGGGUGCUAUGUUAAUAGCCUAAAAGCUAUGUCGUCUCUACAAGCUACGGUGACGAGUUUUGCGACCAAUUUUCUAUCCUCCGCAAUGGCUGGAUUUUACCUCUUCCAGGAACCUCUACCAUUACAGUGGUUUAUUGGUGCUGCACUUAUUAUAUCUGGAGUAUAUAUUAUGACCAAGUCAAGCAAAGUGAAAAAAGCAAACACCAGCUAGUCUCCGCAUUUGUUUCAUCUUUGAUAUAUCAUGUAUGUAUUGUCUAGGGAGAUGCCCUUGAGUUUCUUGAGUUGUAUCCUAGUUAGUACAUGCCUAACGUAAACUACAAGUCUAAUGUUUUGUAUACCUAUCAUGACAAAAAAUUAAAGCAGUCUUAGUACUGAUGUACAUGAAUAAUAAAGUAAAUUUAUACAUAUUAUAAGGGUCUUUUUGGUGACCCCUAUUUUCAGCUUAUCAAUCUAAUCAUUCAAUUUUUUAGUAAA